AUGACCCAGCCGCUGGUGCAUAUUUUUCCGCCCGCUAAGCACCGGCUCCAGAGCAGUUCCUUGUUCUUCGGGUCUGCGCCACAGCGGAUGAAAGGAGGAAAAAUGUUGGCUGUUACCCUGCUUUUGCUUCUGGCCGUCGGCUCCGGGGUGUUGGCCGAACCCGUUAAGUUCGUUGACUGUGGUUCCAAAGAUGGAAGUAUUUUGGAGAUUAAUAUUACUCCUUGUCCUGCACAACCUUGCCUUCUCCACAGAGGAGUGUCUUACAGCGUCAAUGUUACAUUUUCCAGUAAAAUUGAAAGCCAAGGCAGCAAAGCAAAGGUGUAUGGGGAAAUAAUACAUGUGGAUGUUCCUUUCCCACUUGACGAGCCUGAUGGAUGCAAGAGUGGGAUCAAGUGCCCUAUCCAUAAUGGUCAUACUUACAGCUACUUGAACAAGCUGCUAGUAAAGAGCGAGUACCCAUCUAUGAAACUUAUUGUCAAGUGGGAGUUAUAUGAUGACGAAGAAGGAUUAUUAUUCUGCUGGAUGAUUCCAGUUCAAAUUACCAGUUAAAAAAGCCAUUUAGCCCUC